AUGAUGACCAACGCCCAAUCUGUCAGAGGACUCUUGGUGCUUCUUGCCUGCUUAUUAUCAGCAGAUGCCUUUCACUCUGCCGAUGUGAUCAAGCCAGUGACAAGAGGGUAUCAUGCCUCAGAAACAUCCACGGAUACAGCAGCAUCAACAACAGCCACCGCAAGAAGCAGCAAACGAGCGCUGGUGGCGCAGUCAUCUCAGACAGCUCUGGGGUCCGCUUUGCAAGUGACCACUCGCAAGCUUAAGACUGCCACACAGUCUCUUCCAUUCUUCAACUGGAACGAUGCAUUGGAUCAGGUGUUGUUUUUCAUCAAGACGUACUACUGGGUGUUACCUUCCUUUUUGGCUCUCGUCCCUCUCUACACCACCUUUGUCCUGGGAAUUGGAGAUGCUGCCAUGCCACACUGGUGGCCGGUUACCAAGAUGGAUUAUAUUCUGAAAUCUCCUGAUGCAGCCUUAGUCAUUGGCCACUUUCUCGCUUCCAACAUUGCAUACUUCCUCUGUGGUGGCUACUUGGUCAAGAAAUUCCCUUUUGUAAAACCAGAACAACAAGAAACCUCCAAGACAACGACAAUCAACGAGAGCGUGGGAAGGGCCUCGUCCGUACUGGCAGCGACAACCACAGCCGUGGUUGGAUUCAAAGACCGGCUCUUGACUAUGAAAUUGAUUCCCACACAACAAACUUGGUUGGGUUUGUUACUCCUCAGUGCUGGCGUGAUUAGCACCAUUUUCCACACGGAACAGGCGUUGGGAUCCUAUGCUUUGUCCAACAGCCUGUGUUAUCUGGAUCAUGCUGUUGCAGGGACAGCCACCUUUUACUUUUUUCACACUUGUGGCAAGCCAUCCCCUCGAGUGUGGGCACUGGGUGUUACUGGACUGGCAUUCCUGAGUAUCCCACUCCCUGGCUAUGCUUGGCUGCACUCCGCUUGGCAUUAUCUCUCCGCAGCAGCUGCCACCCUAUGGGCAUUGGAAUCGCACUGUCCCACCAUGCAAUCAACUGCCAUGGUGCAAGUCAUUAGUUUGGACAAGGAGGCCGAAGACUAA